AUGUCUGUAUCGUCUUCUUACAGGCGAUCAAACCGUGGUAGAAGUGGCCUCCCACUUGAUACGUUGCCUACUGUUGAUAUAACACCUUCUUCUGUUGGUCCAUACACAUCCUUUUGUGAUUAUUCGAUCUCUAACAACACAUUAUUCAAUCAAAACCGGAAUGCAUCCUCCAUAUAUCACAGUCCCGGCUUUGACCUUCCUAUUGAUGUGUUAAGCCAUAGCUUUGAAACAACUCAUCGUAAUACCACUCGGCUUGAUGCAAUUGCAUUUGAUUUUGGAUGUACAUCUUCCCCCGGGGCAUCGCCAUCUUGCAUUAGUGACGAGUUUCCUGUUGAAUGUCAUUUAUGUUUCGACUCACCUCAUCAAAGUUUGAGAAAUGUUGACUCUUAA